AUGUCGUUCGACGUUGCAAGCUGUAAGUUCUUGCUAAGCGAUACCGUGUCGCAGUCGUAAGGAGCUUGUUCAAACCUGCUAACCUUUUCCUAAACUGUUGAUCUUCCGGCACUGCAAACAGUGAUUCCUCCGGGCGAUGGUCUCCUUCCCAAAUGGCUACUGCUAGUAGCGUCCAUGGCCUUCAUCAACGGUGUGCAGAACUUUCUCAAUCCGAGCUUUGCUCGUCAAGUGUACAACACUUCAGGCGCGCAGGGCACGGCUUUACAAGCUCGUUGUUUCGCCAUUUGGAAUCUGGGCAGCGCCACUGUUCGAACGUACGCAGCUUACCAUAUCCACAACCGAGAGUGAGUCGUCUUGUCUCAGCCUCAUCAAGGCAGGCGAUAGUCACAAUGCUCGAUCUGAUGCUAGCUACUGGCCAUCCAUUCUUCGUGCGUCUGGCUCAUGCGUCACCUGGGCCCCCCGUUCCACAGAGUCUAUCACCUCUGCGCCCUCACCUUCGUCAUCGCUAUCCUGCACUUUUCUAGCGAAGCCAUCGUGUACAAGACGACCAAGAUGAGCAAGUUGCCCGGAAUCGUUGUGCCGCUAAUCGUCGCCUGUAAGUCCCAUGCCUGAGCUCAUCCUGCCUCCUCGUUGCUGACGCGCAACACGGCUUCACUCUGCUUUGGCCUCUGCAUUCUUCUACCCCGCCAGCUUCUUCGUUGACAGCCAUGAUACUCCAGUACGGCCAUUAUGUCGCGUGA